AUGCGCUUCUUAGUUGCAUACGCUCUUGUACUAGUUGGUAUUGCUUUUGUGCAAAGCAAACCUGUCAGUCGUGCCGGUGUUGAUUUCUCUGCAAUGAUCAAUCAACUCGGUGGCUUGGACGGAAUUCAUGCUUUAUUUCCACAAUAUUCAGAUUUCGUAAAUCGACUCGUCGCUGCUGCCUAUCAAGUUGGUUCUAAUAUUCCAGAUACGGACUUAUAUGUACUUGAACAAGUAGCUAAACAACUUGCUGACGAUGUUUUCAAUGGUAAUUGUGAUAUCGAUACCGCUGUUACUCAAAUGAUGGGACAACUUACAGGACAUCUUAGCUCAAACCCAUCACUUGUUAGCAAUUUACAAUCGCUUGCACAAGAAUUUUCGGGUGUUCUUACAUCAUUCCUUUCAAAUUCUCAAUCAAAACGUGUAGCCAGUCGUGCUGGUAUUGAUCUCUCUGCAUUGAUCAGUCAAUUCAGUAGCUUGGACAUUGUUUAUCUUAUUUUUCCACAAUAUAAAGUAAUAUCGAAUUUCAAUAUUUUUUAUUUUCAAUGA